AUGCCACUUGCACCUGUGGCCUCACCAGAGGCGACGCAAAUGGUGCGAGCGGCGUUUGAGGAGCUCAAGCAAACAAUCACCCCCCAAGAUUCGCGCGACUUCCAUCAGACGACACUCCAAGACGUGAGGCAAGCCGCACUCAAUAUUGAGGUCCAGCUUGCUUCAAGGCAAUGCUUGCGCAAUAUGCGUCGGCUGAUGCCCCUCUUCCAGGGGCUGGAACACUACGCAAAUGUCAUGGGCGUUGUCUGCAACGGUACCCCUUUUCUCCCGUGGGUCUGGGCACCCAUCACACUUAUCUUGAGAAUUGCCUGCGAACACGUCGAGGCAUUCGAACAGAUCAUGAAGGGGUACUCGCGAAUUGCGUCAGCUUUGAAAAGGUUCGAGAUUUUGAGCGAAGCCUUCUCCCGUGAUGCCGGCUUCCAGAAAACCAUGGCCGUCUUCUAUGCCGAUAUCCUCCAGUUCCACAAGCACGCGUACAAGUUUGUGCGUCGAAAUGGCUGGAAGCUGCUGUUUCUCACAUCAUGGGGUCGGUUCCAGCGACGAUUCGACAAUAUUCUGGAGGAUAUGGAGCGCCACGAGGCUCUGAUCGACCUGGAAGCAAACGCCCGUGACAUAGGAGAGGGUCGCCAGCUACGCCAGGAUAUCAGGCUCUGGAGAGAGGAGAGCCUUGCCAAGACUCGGCGACUCGACGAAGAACAUGCAGCAAAACAGUACAAGGCCAUCAUGUCUUGGCUUAAGGCUGAUGAAUCAGACCAGUUGGCUAUAUUCGAGUCCAUCUCGGCCGAAGGCUCGAAGUACCCCGGGACCUGCGGGUGGGCCCUGAAGACUCCCAAAGUGACUUCAUGGCUCCAGAAGAGAAGAGAGACACCAAUGCUGUGGUUACAGGGCAGCCCUGGAACUGGGAAAAGCGUCAUGUCCGUCCAGCUCAUCAACUACAUGAAGGCGGCCAAGAUGUUCGUGAUUCACCACUUCUGCACUUACUCAUACCCAGCUUCAACUUCCCGUCCCACGCGCAUCUUGGCAAAGCGCCUAGGCAAAAGGCACACCCUCUCACUCAGCGACGAGAAGGCGGCUUUAGCAGAAGCCAUCAGACAAUACGCAUCACAAAGAUUGCAGUCACUGCACCGCAAGUUCUCGCAGCUGGACAUUGGAGCCGACGAGCUUCGGGAGAUUGAGUAUGGGGUCGCCAGAAAGGCAGACGGCAAGUCACGUUGCUCAGCUUUCCAUAGUGUAAAUACAGCUAACCUCUGUCCGUUAGGCAUGUUUCUCUACGCACGACUGGUCCUGGACUACUUAUCGACAAACAUCUUCUACAGUGGAGAGGAAGUGAAGACGUCCAUAGACCACCUGCCAGACAAACUUUCAGACUUCUCUGGGGAUCCCAAGGUCACUCAACUCGCCCCUCAAUACAUCUUGGAUAUCUGUGAGCCCUUGGUUGAAGAGCGAUCCGACGAAUCGCUGGCUUUGAUCCAUGUUUCUGUAAAAGAUUUUGUUCAGAGUCCAAGCAGUAACCUGGCCAUUCGCGAAGAAGAAGUUCUCCAACAACACACAACAGCCGUUCUUGCGUGUCUUAUCUCCGGAUUAGACGUGUUUCAUAAAGGAUACCAUGAGCAUUCGAGAGUCUUUCGGGUGAUAAAAGGGAUGCAUGGUCUCCAUGUCUACGCCACGGAGUACUGGACAGAGUACCUUCUCUCCGAAGCCAGCCGGCAUGGUGGCAUAAGCACGGAUACCUGCGUCUCUCGUCUUGCGAGUGAGCUGGCAAACAAGCUCGAGGUCUGGGCCCCGUCGAACGUACCGCUGGGCAGACCGGGCCCGGGCCAUUCCGACGAGCGGCUAUUGCUCCUUAGGCAGCACGAAACUCUUCAGGAUCAUGUCAAACGGAGCUUGGGCUCGAGGACAACUAAACAGCUUGAGCAUGAGCUCCAAAGCGAGAAUAUGUGUCAGAUCUAUACUCAGUCAACACGACUUUCCAGGCAUCUCAGCAGAAGAACUGGAGCUCUUCAGGAGGCAGUUUCGCGCAUCGGCCUUCACCUGUCGUCUCAAAUUUUGCCCACGAGCAACUUUGGGGUUUGA